GCCGCCAUCCGCAGGCCCAGCUCCGCGGCCAAGCCCUCAGGACACCCGCCGCCUGGCGAUUUCAUCGCCUUGGGCUCCAAGGGGCAAGCCAGCGAGUCAAAGGCGGCGUCCACUCUGCUGAAGCCGCCCCCUCCUGGCCUUCCAUCGGAGCGCAAGCGGGAUGCUGCAGCCGCGUUAUCGGGGCCUUCGGGGCUGACCGGCCUCACCAAGCGCCCCAAGCUCUCGUCCACGCCCCCCCUGAGUGCCUUGGGCCGCCUGGCCGAGGCUGCCGUGGCGGAGAAGCGAGCCAUUUCCCCCUCGAUCAAGGAGCCGUCCGUGGUACCCAUCGAAGUGCUGCCCACGGCGCUGCUGGACGAGAUCGAGGCCGCGGAGCUGGAGGGCAACGAUGACCGCAUCGAGGGCGUGCUGUGUGGGGCGGCCCGGCAGCUGCGGCUCACGCGGCCCAAGCCUGACAGCACGCUCUACCUCAGCCUCAUGUACCUGGCCAAGAUCAAGCCCAACAUCUUCGCCACCGAGGGCGUCAUUGAGGCGCUGUGCAGCCUCCUGCGCCGGGACGCCUCCAUCAACUUCAAGACCAAGGGCAACAGCCUGGUCUCUGUGCUGGCCUGCAACCUCCUCAUGGCCGCCUAUGAGGAAGACGAGAACUGGCCCGAGAUCUUUGUCAAGGUGUACAUCGAGGACUCCCUGGGCGAGCGGAUCUGGGUGGACAGCCCUCACUGCAAAACCUUCGUGGACAACAUCCAGACGGCCUUCAACACGAAGAUGCCCCCCAAGAGCGUGCUGCUGCAGGGGGAGGUGGGCCGAGGGGGCGGGGACCUCAGUGCAGGGAGCAGCCCGCACCCAUCCUUGACGGAGGAGGAAGACAGCCAGACGGAGCUGCUCAUCGCAGAGGAGAAGCUGAGUCCCGUGGAGCAGGAGGGCCAGCUCAUGGCCAGGUACGACGAGCUGGCCGAGAGUGUGGAAGAGUACGUGCUGGAUGCUCUGAGGGACCAGCUCACCCGGCGCCAACCCAUCGACAACGUUUCUCGGAACCUGCUGCGGCUGCUCACCUCCACCUGUGGCUACAAGGAGGUGCGGCUGAUGGCGGUACAGAAGCUGGAGAUGUGGCUGCAGAACCCCAAGCUGACUCGGCCGGCCCAGGACCUGCUAAUGUCCGUGUGCAUGAACUGCAGCACGCAUGGCCCUGAGGACGUCGACGUCAUCUCCAACCUGAUCAAGAUCCGCCUGAAGCCCAAAGUGCUGCUCACCCACUACAUGCUCUGUGUCAGGGAGCUGCUGAACGCGCACAAGGACAACCUGGGUACUACCAUCAAGUUUGUGGUCUUCAAUGAGCUGUCCAAUGCCCGGAACCCCAACAACAUGCAGAUCCUGUACACCGUGCUGCAGCACAGUGCCGAGCUGGCGCCCAAGUUCCUGGCCAUGGUGUUCCAGGACCUGCUGACCAACAAGGACGACUACUUGCGGGCCUCGCGGGCGUUGCUGCGUGAGAUCGUGCGGCAGACCAAGCAUGAGAUCAACUUCCAGGCACUGUGUCUGGGCCUCAUGCAGGAGCGCAGGGAGCCUCCCCACCUGGACAUGGAGCUCAAGGAGCGCUUCGUGACCCAUGUGACGGACCUGCUGGCUGUGUCCAUGAUGCUGGGCAUCACUGCCCAGGUGAAGGAGGCUGGCGUCGCCUGGGACAAGGGCGAGAAGAGGAACCUCGAGGUGCUGCGUGCCUUCCAGAACCAGAUCGCAGCCAUCCAGCGGGACGCUGUGUGGUGGCUGCACACCGUGGUGCCCUCCAUCAGCAAGCUGGCACCCAAGGACUACGUGCACUGCCUGCACAAGGUGCUCUUCACGGAGCAGCCCGAGACCUACUACAAAUGGGACAACUGGCCGCCCGAGAGUGAUCGCAACUUCUUCCUGCGCCUCUGCUCGGAGGUGCCCGUGCUGGAGGACACGCUCAUGCGCAUCCUGGUCAUCGGGCUGUCCCGAGAGCUGCCCCUCGGCCCCGCCGACGCCAUGGAGCUUGCCGACCACUUGGUGAAGCGCGCUGCCGCUGCACAGGCCGAAGAUGUGGACGUGCUGAAGGUGGAGCGGGUCCAGCUCAUCGACGCCGUGCUCAACCUCUGCACCUAUCAUCACCCGGAGAACAUCCAGCUCCCUCCGGGGUAUCAGCCUCCGAACCUGGCCAUCUCUACCCUCUACUGGAAGGCCUGGCCACUGCUGCUGGUUGUGGCCGCCUUCAACCCCGAGAACAUCGGCCUGGCUGCCUGGGAGGAGUACCCCACCCUGAAGAUGCUCAUGGAGAUGGUGAUGACCAACAACUACUCCUACCCGCCUUGUACGCUGACGGACGAGGAGACGCGCUCCGAGGUGGUCAGCCGGGAGCUGCAGCUCUCGCAGCGGGAGAAGCAGGAGAUCCUGGCCUUUGAGGGGCACCUGGCGGCCGCCUCCACCAAGCAGACCAUCACCGAGAGCAGCAGCCUGCUGCUGUCCCAGCUCACCAGCCUCGACCCGCAAGGGCCCCCCCGGAGGCCUCCCCCCCACAUCCUGGAGCAGGUGAAAGCCCUCAACCAGUCCCUGCGGCUCGGCCACCUGCUGUGCUGCAGCCGCAGCCCCGACUUCCUGCUCAACAUCAUCCAGAGGCAGGCCUCGUCGCAGUCGAUGCCCUGGCUGGCUGACCUGGUGCAGUCGAGCGAGGGCUCCCUGGACGUGCUGCCUGUGCAGUGCCUGUGCGAGUUCCUGCUGCAUGACUCGGCCGCUGCCGCCUCCGGGGAGGACGAGGAGGACGGCGAGAGCAAGGAGCAGAGGGCCCGCCGGCGGCAGAGGCGGCAGAAGCAGCGGCAGCUACUGGGCCGCCUGCAGGACCUGCUUCUGGGCCCCGAGGCGGAUGAGCAGACGGCCUGCGAGGUGCUGGACUACUUCCUGCGGCGCCUCAGCUCCUCCCAGGCGGCCUCACGUGGACUGGCCACCAAGGGCUUGUCACUGGUGCUGUCGGAGGGCAGUCUGCGCUCAGACGGGGAGGAGAAGGAGCCACCGAAGGACGAGGAUGCCGCCGCCGAACCUGAGAUGCUGCCAGGCUACCAGUGGCUGCUCCGUGACCUGCCCCGCCUGCCUCUCUUCCACAGCGUCCGGAGCACCACCACGCUGGCGCUGCAGCAGGCCAUCCACGUGGAGACGGACCCACAGACCAUCAGCGCCUACCUGGUGUACCUGUCCAAGCACACGCCUGUGGAGGAGCAGAGCCAGCACAGUGACCAGGCCCUGGACGUGGCCCGGCUAGUCGUGGAACGCUCCACCAUCAUGGCCCACCUCUUCUCCAAGCCGGCCCGCCGGCCCGAGUCCGACGCCGUGCUGGGGGCGUUGCUGUCCAUCUUCUCACGCUACGUGCAGCGCAUGCGCAAGAGCAAGGAGGGCGAGGAGGGCUACAGCUGGUCAGAGUCUCAGGACCAGGUGUUCCUGCGCUGGACGGGUGGGGAGACGGCCACCAUGCACAUCCUGGUGGUGCACGCCAUGGUCAUCCUGCUGACACUCGGCCCACCCCGUGCUGGAGACACGGAGUUCCAGGCGCUGCUGGACAUCUGGUUCCCGGAGCAGCAGCCCCUGCCCACCGCCUUCCUGGUGGACACAUCCGAAGAGGCCCUGCUGUUGCCCGACUGGCUGAAACUGCGCAUGAUCCGCUCCGAGGUGCCGCGCCUGGUGGACGCUGCCCUGCAGGACCUGGAGCCGCAGCAGCUGCUGCUCUUUGUGCAGUCCUUCGGCAUCCCGGUGCCCAGCAUGAACAAGCUGUUACACUACCUGGACCAGGCAGUGGCCCACGACCCGCAGACCCUGGAGCAGAACAUCAUGGACAAGAACUACAUGGCCCACUUGGUGGAAGUCCAGCACGAGAGAGGAGCCUCGGGGGGCCAGACCUUCCACUCCCUGCUCACAGCCUCCCUGCCCCCCCGGCGAGACAGCACAGACCCCCCAAAACCAAGGAGCAGCCCUGAGCCCCCAUCCGGUCAGGGGAGGAUCCGGGCAGGCACCCAGGUCAGGGCUAUCGAGCCUGAGGAUGACCUGGCCGGCCUGCUGCUGCAGAUCUUCCCGCUGAACCCCGACCCUCGGUGGCAGAGCACCAAGCCCCACCCCGUCGCGCUGGCCCUGCAGCAGGCCCUGGGCCAGGAGCUGGCCCACAUGCGCCGGGGAAACCCCCCGGUGGCCGGCACUGCAGUCCGUGUCCUGCAGGCCCUGGCCACCCUGCUGAGCUCCCCCCACGGGGGCACCCUGGCCAUGGCCAUGCACCGCAGUCACGUCUUCGCCUGCCCGCUGCUGCGGCUGCUGCACCAGUGUCAGCGCUGCAUGCCCCAGGACACCAACUUCUCGUCCACACUGCUCAAGGUCCUCUCAGAGCUGCUGCACUGGCUGCAGGGUCUGGCCGGCGAGCCAGGGCCCCUGGUGGCCCAGCUCCGGCUGCUGACCGCCCAGGCCUCGGCCCGGCACCGGUGUGGUGACGUCCGCAGCACCUUCCUGCACCUGGCGGAGGUCCUGGGUGGCCGGCAUGACUCCGAAGCGGUCACCGCGGCAGUGCGGGCCGUCAUGACCAGCCUGCGGGUGGGGGAGCAGUGCAGCCUGGAGCCAGAGCUGCUGCUCAGAGUCCUCCGGGGGCUGAUCGAUGUUCAGUCCCCACACCUGGAGGAGCUGCUGGCCGUGCUCUUCACCGCGCCCGCAGACCUGGCACCGCUGCGUGCUGCCUCUAGGCCGGUGGCCGUGGUGAGUGCCCUGCUGCGGGAGGAGGAGGAGCCCGUGGCCCCGGGGACGCCUGGUGCAGACGGUUGCAGCGGGGAGGCCGUGUGUCUGGGGCCCUCCUCUGGGCUGCUGGUGGACUGGCUGGAGAGGCUUGACCCUGAGGUGGUCAGCAGCUGCCCGGACCUGCAGCAGAGGCUGCUCUUCUCAAGGAACAAGGGCAAGGGCCAUAUGGGCCCCCAGGGGCCGACCUUCCGGCCAUACCUCCUGGCGCUGCUCACCCACCAGUCCAACUGGGCCACUCUGCACUGCUGCAUCCACUCCCUGCUGAGCAAGGGCCGAGAGCGCAGGCUUGACCCCUCCGCCUCCCUGGACUUCCUGUGGGCCUGCAUCCACGUGCCCCGGAUCUGGCAGGGCCGGGACCAGCGCACCCCGCAGAAGCGGCGGGAGGAGCGGGUGCUGCGGGUGCGCGCCCCUGAGCUCGUCAGCCUGGUGGAGCUGAUCCUGGCCGAGCCCGAGGCGCGGGGCUCCGGGGCCGACGAGGCCUCCUGCAGCCUCAUCCAGGCCCGGCUGCCCCUGCUGCUCAGCUGCUGCCGAGGGGAUGAUGGUGGUGUUCAGAAGGUGGCGGAGCAUCUGAUGGGCCGAGUGCAGCAGUGGGGGGACAGUGUGGUGGGCAAGCACUGCCGAGAGCUGCUGCUGCAGAUCUACCUACAGCGGCCGGAGCUGCGGGGGCCUGUGCCCGAGGUCCUGCUGCACGGCCAGGGCACGCCUGGCAGCAGCGUCUGCAAGCUGGAUGGCCUGACCCACCGCUUCAUCGCCCUGCUGGCAGACACCAGCGACUCGAGAUCGUCUGAGAGCCGAGUGGCGGACGCCAACAUGGUCUGCCGGAAGCUGGCCGUGGCCCACCCCAUCCUGCUGCUCAGGCACUUGCCCAUGCUGGCCGCCUUGCUGCACGGCCGCACGCACCUCAACUUCCAGGAGUUCCGGCAGCAGAACCACUUGACCUUCUUCCUGCACGUGCUUGGCGUCCUGGAGCUGCUGCAGCCGCGGGUCUUCCACAGCGAACACCAGGGGGCGCUCUGGGACUGCCUGCUCUCCUUUGUGCAGCUGCUGCUGAACUAUCGCAAGUCCUCCCGCCAGCUGGCCCCCUUUAUCAGCAAGUUCGUGCAGUUCAUCCACAAGUACAUCACGUGCAACGCCCCCGCCGCUGUGGCCUUCCUGCAGACGCACGCUGACGCACUGCACGACCUGUCCUUCGACAACAGCGACCUGGUGAUGCUCAAGUCGUUGCUGGCGGGCCUGAGCCUGCCCGGCAGGAGUGGCCUGGCCGACCGCAGCCUGGACCAGGAAAGUGGGAACGACAGUCCCACCGGCUCGCUGCCCCUGGUCAGCGUGUCCCUCUUCACCCCGCUGACCUCGUCAGAGAUGGUCCCCUACAUGAAGCGACUCUCCCGGGGACAGACUGUUGAGGACCUGCUGGAGGCACUGGGUGACGUUGAGGAGAUGUCCUGGCGGAGGCCAGAGAUUCUGGGCUUCUUCUCGACCCACCUGCAGAGGCUGAUGAGCUCCCCUGAGGAGUCCUGCCGCAGCCUGGCCUUCAGCCUGGCCCUGCGCUCCAUCCAGUAUAAUCCCAGCAUUGCAGCCGACUUCCUGCCCACCGUCAUGUGCUGCCUGGGCAGCCGAGACUUUGAGGUAGUUCAGACGGCCCUCAAGAACCUGCCCGAGUACACCCUCCUCUGCCAAGAGCAUGCGGCUGUGCUGCUGCACCGCGCCUUCCUGGUGGGCAUGUACGGCCAGGUGGACACCAGCCCCCAGAUCUCUGAGGCCCUGCGUGUCCUGCACAUGGAGGCCAUCAUGUGAUCUGCCAAGGCGUCCUCUGAGACCCGGGCCCGGCCGCCUUGCCCCUGCCCACAGGCCCUGCGCACAGGGAUGGGGCUGCGGUCCCGCCUGGUGUCAGCAAUGCUCCCCCUGCCCACAUUAAACUUCUGUCCCUGCCUGUCA